CAAGCUGUGCCGCCGCCGCCGCGCACGCGCAUCUCAAAGUGACUCCGAUAGUUUCGAGGAGCGUUGUUGCUUCGAUACAUACAUUAUGAUGCCCGCAAUUUGCUACACCUUGGUCGCUGUGGCACUGCUGUGGCCUAGCGCAAGCUCAGACAACAGCACAUCAGAUUCGUGUGGCUUGGAGCCGUGGGGCUCGGGUCCUUGGAGCGCGCUGCUCGAGGAGUGGGCUACUGCGCCUGCGCUCAGUGAGAGACAAGGUCGCAUCAUGUUGCUGCCUCCCGCAUCCGGUUACUACGUGACAAACCGUGUGGACGUCCCCCCGCCACCGCCUCCACAACACGGCCCCCUCAUCCCGCACAGCGUGCCGAUGAGUCACGGCACACCUCCUCCAGCAGGCCCGUUCCCUUACGAGGAGUGGUACGAGUCUCCACCGCCUCCGUCCAGCAGUGGCAAGGGCAGCAAGAUUGUUAACCGACCUAACCAAUCUAAUAAGGAUAGAUUCAAGCCGAGUCCAAGCUACCAGCCUCUGCCACCUCAGAAUCACCAGUAUCCGUCACAAUCGCACCCCCACUACUCCGCCGGUCCCUCCGCUCAGUACCAUCAAACAGGUUCCCCGUCUAACCCGCACCGUGGCCCCGGUCCCAUGGGGUCAGCCGUGGAUCGCAUCGACGACCCACCGCGCAAGACUGUCUCCGAGACGGAUCUGUAUCUGCUUAGCGCUAUAGAGAAGUUGGUCUACCGCGUCGAUCUCAUGGAGAAGCGCCUGCGCAAGUUAGAGGAGAGCGUACACUACUUUGUCGCUGGACACGAUAAGAAACCUGAUCCGUGCGUGACGAACUUCACGCGCGUGGGCGAGGCGUGCUACCACUUCUCGGCGGAGGCCGCGGACUGGAAGGCGGCCAACCUGGCGUGCCGAAAGUUGCGCGCCAACCUGCUGGAGCUGGACUCCGCGGCCGAACGACGCGCCGUCGCCGCGGCCAUGCUGGCCGACAAGAGGAUCCGAGGCACAGACGUCUGGACGGGCGGGCUGAACCCGGGCCUGCUGUGGAUCUGGUCGCACUCCGCGCGGCCGGUGGCGGGCAACGGCACCGCCGGUGGCAACGAAACCGUCACCGUCGUCGGCGAGGGCCGCUGCCUGGCCUUCGUGCACGACCCCACCCUCAACACUUACGUCUACAGGGGCCAGGAGUGCGCGCUGCGGCACCGCUUCGUGUGCGAGGCGGCCGAGGCGCCGGCGCGGCUCAGCAACGAGGUGGCCCGCGUCGCCCGCGCCGCACGGCUGCGGCGGGGCCUCGCGGAGGGGGAGCGGGGCGGGGAAUAACACAAAAGCCUUUGUCGCAAUGCCUUAUUAUUCUAAAUAUUUACAGGUGUAAGAAUCACAACAAAAGAACUUAUUUGUAGAUAAAGUAUCCUCGGCCGGAAGCGCCGGGAGCGCGCGCGCGGUCCCGCCGCGGCCGGCCCGUAUUUACAUUAUUUAUUUAUUUAUGUAAGUUUAAGUUCAAGGACGAUUCACCCUCAAGUGGGCGUGCCGCGGGUGCGUUCCGAGGAUGCCAAAGAAUUGCCGUGAAUCGUCCUUAAGGAACAACGGUCACGAAGUGCACGAGACCGGUGCCGACUUGUGUAAUGUGCGCACGAGCGACUUUCGGUUCACGCGUGGAGACUAGUGCUCCGUCCCGAAAGGCGCUUCUGCGGAAUACGUUUUGUCGGUGUUGUACUUUCCGCGCUACCUUCGAUCCG